UGCCUAGGGAUACCACUGGGCCCAGGGAAAGACCUGUGAGUGUACAUAGUGCCAUUUUGUCCCAUGGCUGAAGAUGGUUUGCCAAAAAUUUAUUCUCAUCCUCCAACAGAAAGGGGUAAAACAACAACUGAAGCAACCAUUUUCUUUGGGGCUGACAACACCAUUCCGAAAUCAGAAAAAAACAUUACUUCGGAAGGAGACCACAUUACUCCAGUAAAUGACUAUACCCUGGAAAGUGAUUUCUCAACAACAGACAGCAAGCUUACAUCUCCAAAAGAAAAACUAAAAUCAGAAGAUAAUGUUGGCUCUCGUAUUAUUAAAUCAUCAACCCAUGUGGAAAAAGAAAUUGCUACACUGACAGGCACAGUAAACUCCAUAGCUAAUGACUCUAUUACUGAAAAUUUAAUUCCAGUGAAAAUUGAUAAUAUCUCAUCACCAGGCGCAACUGUUUCUUUAAUAGAUUUUUCCACUAACAUGGCAAAAGAAGAUAUUCUCUUGGAUACCACUGACCCAGCGAAUGAAGAUGUCUCAAUAACUUCUGAAGUCUCUGGCACAUUAAAGGAAGGCACCACCAGCAUUGCAGACACCCCUAAUCUUCCAGCUAAGAAGGAUAAGCCUGAUGAUAACAAUUAUAGUUCCUCAGUAAAAUCCAAUGUCACUGCUAAUGAGGCAGUCCAGAUCACCAACUCGUCUAUUCCUGAGGCUGAAAUCUCUACUGCUACUGAAAAAAAUUUCACUAUUCCAGACAUAACUGCCUUUACAGAAGAGAAAAUAACUGAAAUUGACUUAAGUCUUCCAGAGAAUGACCCCAAUCCUGUGCCUAAACUAACAGACUCUGAUGAGGAAAAGUUCAUCACUGUGUUUGAACUCACUACCACUGUAGAAAGAGACAAAGAUAACCCUGAAGAUAUUCUGCUAACCAAUGAAGAGUCUAUGGAUGAAGUCAAUGUUUGGAUGGAGAAAGAUAUCACAAAUGAAGCAGAGAACAAUCCCAUUUUGCUCACUGCUGUGGAAUCCAGAUAUGACUUUGUAAUCCCUACAUCAGUAGCUAUGAACCUCACGGAGGAUUCAUCUACCCUGACAAAUGAAGAUCUGUCUGAGAAUAAUGCAAUAGAAUUUGUAACUAAGGACAGCGAGCCACUUUCAGAAACUACCCCUGAUCCAGAUACCCUAAGUCAUGAGGAAGAUGCCUUUACAACUGAAAUGGGUGUCUUUAAGUUACUGAAAGAAGAACCAGAUGAGUUCCUGAUUUAAAAGCAGCAAAACAGAUGCCACACAGAAUUGAGCAACAAUUCUAGACAGCUAGUUUUAACAUCUAAGAAGCUUGCCCACCAAGCAAAAAUCUUAAUAAAUUAAAGAAAGUGAGCAUUUAAGCAUCAUCUUCUGCUGCCUACUUCUAGAAGACACUAAGACAUUAAAAUGAAGGUUCUCAUUUUGAUUGCUGUCAUCUUGACUUUCACUGCUUGUUUUUCGUCAGCUGAUGCACAUAAGCAAAAAAACUCCAGGUCUAGUGAAAGCUCCGAAGAAUAUUUUAAACUACCUAAACAAUUAAGGUCUAAGCUGUCAAGAAGAUAUUCUGCAAAAUUCCAACGAGCUCCUGGAAGUCCAUGUGGUCACUCUGUUCGUCAUGAACCCCCCAGAGGCCACCAUCCCCUCCACCUCCCUCACCAUCCUCACAUCCCACAUGAACCGUCACCCAGACCUACAUUGCCACCUGAGAACACUGUCUAUCCUAGUUCUCAAGCACCAUCAGCCCCUUUUAGGGCUCCUCCAACCAUAAUUUACACCACUGCCACUGUGCUGCCACCACCACUGCUUUCACUGUCUCUGCCCAAAACACUGAGAGUGUUGCAUCCAGCACUAACAGCUUCCAGUGCCCUCCAACCUGAGGACAUCACCAAUGCCCUUGAAGCUGACACUACUACCCCUGCCCCAGUAGCUGACACUACUACCCCUGCCCCAGUAGCUGACACUACUGCUGUCUAUCAGCAACAAGAGCCUCAGUGAAUUCCACAACUGUCCAAGAUUACAAAUGCACCAAAGCACAAGAAGACAAAGACAAACUAAGAUCCUGAAAGACUGAAUACUGAUAUAUUAUGAUCACCAUCUAUCACCAUUUUGAUUUUAACAAAAAUAUAGAAAAAAAUACAAAAAUAAAGGGAUGUGGGUUCUUAUUGUUUCUUCUUUA